CUGGAAAUGAGUAUAAAAAUAAUUUGCAUCACAUCUUGGGUCGGCUGUGUUCAAAAUCCAAUAUGGCGGCUCGAACUGCUAGAAGCUUUUUCCAAAACGGGACGAAAUCUAUCGCUGUUUUGAGAAAGAUCUCUGGGAAAACCAAUGUACAAAGUACGAAAUAUUAAUGUUCAAUACUUAAUGUAUUUGUUGUGUGAUUUUUGUGUGUAUAUAUGUAGUUGUUUAUUUUAUUUUGAUUUUUGAAUGAUAUUGAACAUGUAUGAUGGGUAUGAAACUGAUAAAAGCAUGGUCGUGUGUUUUUUGUAGAUUAUUUGAAAUCGCUGCACAGGACAAGUAGUUCGAGUCUUCAAGGCAAUCCAGCAUUGUCCAGUAUACUCCAAAAUCUGGCAAAACGCAGGUAUAAAGGGAGAAAAGUUAUUUUGCAUGAUAUUAAUUGAACAAGGAUAUCGGCAUAUUGCCUUAAUCUGAUUCGAUUGGCGAUCAACUAAUUAAUACCCCUCCAACACCCCUGGCAUCACACUCAACAGGACUCAAUGUUGAAGGAUUUUUUGAAAAUGGAAUUUUUGACUGAAAAUUAUUAUAUUUACCGGGUCAUCACCUAUGGUUGAUUUAUAUAACAAUGAAAAAGAAUAAAACUAUAGAAAUUGUCUUUCUAAAGAACGAGUCAUGAUUCAUGGACAAUGAUCAUUUUUGUUUCUGAUAGCCAAGCACAAAACAUGAUUAUUUUAGGUAGGUCUUUACCCUAUUUACCCAUGCCAGGCAUGCCUUAAACUGGCAUAACUAGCUAGCUUGUAUAUGUAUGCAUUAUGAACUUGUGGUUAAUGCACCGGAAUUGCAGGUUCAAUUUCUGCCGGAGGGACUAUAGCAAUUGCAUUUUCCGCAGGUGAUCCCAGAAAAAAAUGUACCCCCAAGAGAAGAGCCUAUAUAUUCACUGUUAGUAUAAUCAAGCUUUUGUUAUUAGUUCACCAUCAUUUGUAAACCACAUAAGAAGACUACAAGACCUUGCAGUGAACAUUGACAAUGCCGUGUGUGGUUUAUCAACGGGUCAGGAGAACUCACAAGAUAUAUCCUUGUUAGAGCAGUGUUCAGAUGACGACGAUGAUCAAUUUCGAAAAAGAGGUAGAAUGUUUGAAACUCCCAAAAUAUCAAGUUGGCAAAAUAUUGCCAACCCCAAAACAAUAAUUCUCGAUUUAGGUUGGCAAAACUUUUAGAAAUUGAUAGUAUCCAAGGGAAUGGUGCAACAAAAAAUUAAAAAUCUAAAAUUUGUCUGGCAGGUGAUGACAUCCUCUCGAAAGUGAAAGAUGAGGUCAAAUUUGCACAGCACAAUGGAAAUAUUUUUGCUGUUGUAUAUAUUGGUGAGUUUACGCGGGUUUUGGGGAGUUUACUAUUUUUAAUUGCGACGUGAGCAAGUGACAAAUUGUUGUUCAACCCUAGGUGGAAGUCAAUUUAAGAUUGUUGUCAAUGACAUUAUAAUGGUGAACAAAUUACCUGCCCAAGUUGGAUCUAAAAUAAAACUAGAAAAGGUCAGAAAAUUGUCUCGUAAUAAACCCUUAAUAUGGUAUAUAUUCCACUAUUUUGCCAUUAUGCCAAGUCAAGAAAAAUGGGAAUUAAAGACUGGCGAAAGACCCUGCAUCUGACUCCCACUUUUACAUUUCCAGGUUCUUUUAGUAGGAGGUGAAAAUUUUACAAUUGUUGGUCAGCCGCUUGUCAAGUAAGUUGUGAUAAUUGUAUUAUGAUCAUAUAAAUAUUAUAUUGUUAUAAUUAUACACAGUUUAUAGUAUAUGGUUUGUGUCUGAACAACAAACUUUGUUACUUGCAGCCGAAAUUCUGUUGACGUACAAGCAACUAUGGUAGAACACACGAAAGCUGAGAAAAUCAUUGUUUUCAAAAAGAAAAGAAGAAAAGGCUACAAGCGAACACAAGGUAUAAUCUGUUCAGAAUCAUAUAACUUCCAUGCAACUAUAAAGAGUACAGACAGAGUCCAUUUUACUCAGUGUAUUUAAUUUAUUGAGUAGCACCACUCCCCAUGAUGAGUAAAAUUGUCUGGUGUUAGACAGAGUGAAGUAAUAAAGUAUGGCACAUCAGGGCACAUUGCUGCUUUAAAUUAAAGGUUAAUCACUCACAGUGUUGCUUUGACUUUUCCAGGCCAUCGACAAGCCCUGAGUGUGCUGCGGAUCAACAAAAUUGUGGUAAAUCCCACGUCUCUGUAAAGUAGUAUGCUAUGCAGUCAGGUCUAACUUUUUAAAGUUUUAUGUUUAAGACCAGAAAAUAUCUGGACAAGGGGGUCUUCAAGAACUGUGAAAUAGAUUUGUUUCAAAGUCAAAUUAUCAAUGUCCAUCAUGGUUUUAAUCAUUUUGGCUUUCAAGUCUGCUAACUCUGCCUAAAUGCUGCUCCAUGUAUUAUACCAAAUAAAAGGUGGUAAUCAUAAACUAGAUAAAGUGAGUCAGAGUGUAUGACAGUAGAAUAAAGCUUCUUGAACAAACUAAUAUUUAGAGAAAAAUUCAAUGCAAAAGUUGACAUCACAUUAUGUCAUUUAGGAGCGUUUCAUCAAUGUAUUUCGAAAUUAAGAUGAAUUGUCUACAAAUAAAAAUAUUUUACAGUAGUCACCAAGGAUUUUGUUCACUAGGGGCCUGUUUACACCAUGCUCAAUUUUCGGUAUGGUACAAAUAAAACUAGUACGGUACCUGUACCAAAUUUAUCCAUGCUCGGCCUUUGUAAAUAGGUAGUCCGAGCACAGAUAACAAUGUGGAACGGGUAGCAAGAUUGAGCAUAGUGUAAACUUAGGUAGCAAAUCUUUCACUUUUCAUUAAUAAGCUGGUUAUGUUAGAGGUGGUUAACAGUCAACAGAAUUCAUUACUGUUAACAAGAGUUAGUGUUAUGGUAUGUUAUUUACACAAGACACUUUCAACUAUAAGAAAAGCAGUUCAGAAUUUUUUAUACCUUCACACAAUCAUGCAUGAAAAUACUAUUUAUAUUUUACAUUUUUUUGUAUGUAUACCAUAGACUAUUCUAUCAAAUUUGACUUAUUCACUGUUGAGAUGACACCGUUACAUCCGACUCUUGCGAUUACACUUGUUUCCAAGGCGACAGUUUUGUUUACUUUAGCAUCCAUUCCCUCCUCUAUCAUGGUUGUGGUAUGUCGUAUGAUCUGCGUGUCCCAGCCACAUGUUCGUAAGCAGCCGUCGACGGGACUCCAUGACAAAUCACGAACAAAAUCUUUAUGGUCAUUAUUUUGAUAGCUAAACAAAUCGAGAUAGAAAUCCCAUAAAACAUGAAGCUUCACAAUGCAUCAAGCAUAUUUGCAU